AUGAGCACUGGAAUGUUGAGAGUGGGAUCGUCUCGCCGAUCUAAAACAAUGUCCCCUUACGCGAGACCUGCACGAUCAACACGAUCCAUGCCGGCCACGGACCAAGCACGUGUCUCCGCACUGGCCACAGACCAAGCACGUGCAACAGACCCCACACUAGCCACAGACCAAGCUACGUCAAGUGUCCUUAACAUCGCCCAAGUUCCAAGCAGUGUCCCUAAUGCCUGUGGAAUGUUUAGCUCACCGCCUGCGCAGAUGUCAACUAUGCCUGUGUUAGAGCCUCAACCCAGUAAACCGCAAGGAACCAGUAUGUCUACUGUAACAACACCUCUAGUGGCUCAACACGAUAUCGUCAUGGCGUUUAAAAAGUUUGAAAAGGAAUGGUUGUAG